CUUCGCAAAGUGUCAUGGCGUCUCCCUUGAAGGGGGCUUGGACCUGGAAAAUCUAGCCAUUGUCAGUAGUGUCUUUCUUCUCUAAAUAGGCCUGUUAAAAAACAUUUACUUAUCAAACGGGAUAUUUUUCAAGACAAAGACGUCACCAUGGGGACUGUCCACGCCAGGAGUAUGGACCCUCUCCCGAUGCACGGGCGUGACAUGGGCGUUCAUCCCGACGACAUGAUUGAGGUGCAAGAGGCAGAACAUGAGACUAAACAGGAGGUCCUAGAAAACAAAGACGUUGUUGUCCAACAUGUCAACAUUGAGGGCUUGGGCCGAACGAAAGAGGAUCUGCUGGGCUAUGAAAUCUCAGAGGUCUUCGAUGCUAAAAACCUUAUUGAUGUCAUGAAGAAGUCUCAUAUUGCCAGACAGAAAUUGCUGCGUCUGGGCAUUUUCAAAGAGGUGGAGGUCGUCAUUGAUACAUCAGAUGGUGCGGAUGCGUUGCCCAAUGGUCUGGACGUGACGUUCGAGGUGACAGAGAUGAAGAGGCUGACAGGCAGCUACAACACCAUGGUCGGCAACAACGAGGGCAGCAUGGUGUUGGGUGUGAAGCUUCCUAACGUGUUUGGCCGUGCUGAGAAGUUAACCUUCCAGUUCUCCUACGGGACCAAAGAGACUUCCUACGGCCUGUCCUUCUUCAAGCCCCAGCCAGGCAACUUCGAACGCAACCUCGCUCUAAACCUCUACAAAGUCACAGGCCAGUUUCCAUGGAGCUCCCUCAAAGAGACAGACAGAGGAGUCUCCACUGAGCUCAAUUUUCCUCUGUGGAGGACCAACCACACUCUGAAGUGGGAGGGUGUGUGGAGGGAGCUGGGUUGUCUGGCACGCAGUGCCUCCUUCGCCGUGCGAGAAGAGAGCGGRCACACCCUCAAGUCUGCCCUCUCGCACACCAUGUCCAUUGACACCAGGAACUCUGCCAUCUUCCCCAAGAAAGGUGCCUUACUGAGGAUCAACCAGGAGCUGGCUGGCUAUACAGGCGGAGAUGCAAGCUUCCUGAAGGAGGACUUUGAGCUGCAGGUCAACAGACGGCUGGUCUGGGACUCGGUCCUCUCCGCCUCUCUCUGGGGUGGGUGUCUCCUCCCCAUUGGAGGUAGACCGUCCUCCAUCGCUGACAGGUUCUAUCUGGGCGGUCCCACCAGUGUGCGAGGAUUUGGAAUGUACAGCAUCGGCCCACAGAGCGAGGGAGAGGGUCCAAGAGCACACCUWCAGAAGCUGGCGGAGUGUAUCCGCUGGUCGUAUGGAGCAGGCAUCGUGUUGCGUCUCGGGAACAUCGCCAGGCUGGAGCUCAACUACUGCAUUCCCAUGGGGGUUCAGAGUGGAGACAGGAUAUGCGACGGCGUCCAGUUUGGAGCAGGAAUCCGUUUCCUGUGAUGUCAUCACCCUGCCGCCCGGGUCCAGCAACAGAGAGCAUGAUGRGAAAGGGAGAAGAGCAUUGUCACUUGUUAUCCGUUGAGUAUAACGCUAGCUGUGGGAGCCUACCAGAAUGCACAGUCCUGGAGGAGUGCCCCACCCCCUUUUUUAUAUUAACCAAUGAUAUCACCCACUAUGUUUGCUGUGUUACUUUUCCACCAACCAAUUACGUUUCUGGCCAAAGAGAUUUGGGYGUAUAUCUCCCCUGCCUUCCAGGACUACUGCCUGCCCUAUCCAUAGGGAAGUGACUAUUGGUUUUGGUUCUAGAUUUAUUUUACCCUAUUAGAACUCUUGCCAACUGAUUUGUCAAUAGAAUCCUGUACAUGCCAAUAUGUUGAUGCAAURGAAGGGAUCAAAUUUAAUGGGAGAGCAUAUAACCAGCACUUUGUUUUGAUGACAGAACUCACUUAGCCCAUGGAAGGGAAUUGACAACUCAUGUCAAAACGGUCAGYUCUGCUAUUUGACAUGUAAUAUUGAGAGUUGACUCUCCACAGCAGCCCCUGUGAAUCUGAGUUGGGAACCCCAAGUGUGACCCACCACCAGUGCUCUUACUGUUAGUCCUCUUUUUAAUGUUGUCUAAGUUAAGUUACUCAAUAAAUCACAUUUGUUCCCCUUAA